UACAUAAUUCAGAUACCAGAAAAUUCCGACGAUAUAGGAAAUCAGAUUUAUAUAAACCUUCCGUAUAUAUAUAUCUAUCUCUAACUAUAUUUCCUUUAUUAUAUCUACUACUAAUAAUAACAUCAUUUAACCUACAAACGGUUUAUCGUUUUCUAUAACGAUCUUCCCAAAACUCAUCAUUACGACGUAAUCGUUAUGCCAAAACAACAGAUCGUCUUCCAUCAAUCUCCGAUGGAACGGCGGAGAUUCUUAUUAGAUCCAGACGAGUGUUCGUCGCGUAACAGCCACCGCUUAGCGGAGGUCGCCGGCGGUACUACGGCCGAAUGCGCCGCCGUUGUCUGCUGUUUCCCGUGCACCGUGGUUAAUUUCAUCGUUUUAGCGGUUUAUAAAGUUCCGGCGGGGUUAUGCCGGAAGGCGUUACGGAAGAAUAAAAGAAGAAUGCUUAUGAAGAAAGGAUUGUUGAUACAUAGUCCACGUGGCGGAGUUGGUGACGUCAGCGGUGGUGGUUAUAGGAUUGACGCUGCGACGACGGCGGUGGUUUCCGGAGAACGGUUUGUGAUGAAUUCCGGCGAUGAGUUUAUUGAAUUGGAGAAUGAAAUGUGGGAAAAGUUUUAUGGAACUGGGUUUUGGAGAAGCCUUUCUCAGCGAAUUGAUUGAUCAAAACGACACGCUAAUGGUGGUGCUUGUACUGUACAAGUUAAUGUGAAAACGGUGAAAGAAAAAUUUCGGAACCGUGAAAAACUGAUUUAACUGACCAUGUAAAAAAAAGUAGAAGAUUACAUAUUUACCCCUUGAGAUGUAUCACCACAUACAAAAUGUCGUUUUGGUUAAUCUUUGUAUGAGUGUGAACAAGGGGUAAGAUGCUAAAUUUUGGGUUAGUUUUCAUUGUUUUUGGUUUAAUUCCAAUACAAAAUGAGUUUCGGAUUUUA